GCCCGUGCUCCAGCGCUGGGGCAGCCCAUGGUCCCACCCUGGGGCGGCCCGUGCUCCAGUUUUGGGGCAGGCCCAGCCCAACAUGCUGCUGCUGGUGCCUUUCCAGUCCGGCUGCCAGAUCAGGCUGCACUUCAGCUGCCUACACUGCCCCCCGACAUGAACUCCCCUGCCAUGAUGGGGCCUGGCAAGCUCUGCAUAGAUACUCUCCGCAGGCUGGGCUGCAGCUCACAGGGAGUAUCCCUUGACUGUAGAGUGAAGCACGCACUGUGCCUGUCCCCCAGGGCUGCCAAGACCUAGCACUGCCCUGUCAGCAAGCACUCGGGGACGAGGUUUUGUACAGGAAGCAGCAAUACGUGCGGAAGCUGAGUGAGCUGCGUGGUAUCCUCCUUCAGCAGUGAGCGCUCAGUGACACAGCCAGCUCUGCCGCCUGGCCCAGGUGCCCAGAGAACGCGUGGCAGUACAGGGCCAUGGAUUCCCCUCUCUCACCCUCCUCUGCCAGGAAGGAAGCUGGGAUGUUCCUGACUCUAAUCCUCCUGCUCUCUGGUCGCAGCCAGCGAGCCAUGGCCGCCCAGAGGCAACAAGGUGUGGAGUGCAUCGUCUUCAACGACGAGUACCUGACCUGUAUGUGGGGCAGCAAAGAGAUGCCGACAGCCAAUUAUUCGCUCUAUUACUGGUACAUUCCCCCAAGGACUGAAAACCACAUGCCAGUGGAAUGCAAGCACUACCUCCAGGAGGAGGGCAUCAACACGGGCUGCUGGUUCAACCACAGCGAGAUCAUCCAGUUCCGCACCUUCUACAUCCACAUCAAUGCCACCCAUGAGGGCAGGAGCCUCGUCAUCCCCACCAAAGCCAUGAAGCUGCAGGACCUAGUGAAACCCGCUCCACCAGUGAACCUGACCAUCCAGAACAUAAGCAAUAACCAGCUGCAGCUGACCUGGGACUCCAUGUACAACAAGCCCCGCUGCUUGGAAUAUGCUGUCAGAUACAAAAGCAACAAGGACACCAGAUGGACGGAGCACUUGGCCAGUGGCAAGAUCUUCUCCUUCCCUAGCGUGGACUACGAGAAGUAUUACACCUUCUAUGUGAAAAGCAAGAUCAAUCAGUACUGCGGCACCACGCAGCUCUGGAGCGAGUGGAGCGUCCCCGUGUUCUGGGGCAACAAUGCAACAGACAAGGGCGUGGCAGAGAAGCAGGCACCAUGGUUCUGGAUUCACGUGGUUCUCCCCACUGCCUCUUUGAUGCUCAUCCUGGUCCUUGUCAUUUUGUUGAUUCGAAUGGAAAGAGUCUGGGUCAUUUUCAUGCCCAGAAUCCCCAACCCCAGCAAGAACUUCGAUGAGCUCUUCAACACCCACCAGGGCAACUUCCCGGAAUGGGCCGGAGUCUCCAAGGACGUUGUGGAGAGCUUUAAACCCAACUACAACGAGAGCUUCUGCCACGUCAGUGAGCUGCCGCCCAAGGAGGGAAGCUCGCCCCUCUGGGGGGGCCGUGACAAGCCGAGAGCCCCCCCGGGGCGCUCCUCAGCCCCAGCCUCCAGCAGCAGCCCUGGGCUGAUCCUCUCCAAAAAAAGCUACGUGGGAGUGUGAUGUUACCAGCAGGAGCUGGGACUGUCUGCUUCUAUCGCCUCUCCUCACACUGCACCCCCACCCUCCGUGCCCCUGCCCCAAUGCCUCCCCCAUCCUCCCCAGAACCCCUCCCCCAUCCACCCCAGCACCUCUCGCCCCAUCCUCACACAUGUAUCCCUCCCCCAUCCACCCCAGCACCCCCUGCCCAGCGCCACCCCCAUCUGCAAGCAUACACCCCUUUCCACAUACAUGAUGCUCCCCUCAGCAUUCUUUCAGUGCCCCCCCCCCGUGCACUUUGCCUCCCCACCCGUCGCCAGGCAGCUCACCAGCGUAAGGCACCUGGCCAUGCGGCUGCCGUGCCCUGAACGUUUGCCCGGCUGGGCCUUGCUGCCCCUAGUGCUCCCCACGUUCUGCCCGGGCCGACCAGGGCCCUGCCAGAGCAGCUCUCUGGCUGCUGAUUGUGCAGCAGCUUUACAGAUCAAUAAAAACAGUCUCACCCAAGCAUGUUUGUUCCUCUGGGCAUUCUGUACCUGGAACCCCCUCAUCCCCCCCCCCGACCCAGCCACUCCGCAGCCUCUCCCACGUCCCCUGCCUCUGCCCCAGUGCCCCUCGCUCCCACCGAGGCUCCUUGUGGAGCUGGGAUGCGGGGGUCCCAGGAGUCACUCACCUGGAGUGGGGGC